UGUGUGAGUGUGUGUGUGUGUGUGUGUGUGUGUGGAUAUGGACUGCCUCUGCAUUGUCACCACCAAGAAGUAUCGUUACCAAGAUGAUGAGACUCCGCCUGCCGACCCCAGCCCCAGUCACAUGACCCACGGACGCAGCAUAGAGCUGAGCCACGCACACCUGGACGGAUACACACACCCUGCCGCACUCACCAUGAAUGGAUCAGAAGGAGAACUGGAGUACGAGGAGAUCACUCUGGAGAGGGGGAACUCUGGUCUGGGCUUCAGCAUUGCAGGAGGAACCGACAAUCCUCACAUCGGAGACGAUCCGUCCAUUUUCAUCACCAAGAUCAUUCCUGGAGGAGCUGCCGCCCAGGAUGGACGGCUCAGGGUGAACGACAGCAUCGUGUUCGUGAACGACGUGGACGUGCGUGAGGUCACUCACUCCAUCGCGGUGGAGGCGCUGAAGGAGGCGGGGCCUGUCGUCAGGCUCUACGUCCUGCGGCGACGCCCACCGAGCGAACGCAUCACACAAAUCAAACUGAUGAAAGGGCCUAAAGGUCUGGGAUUCAGUAUAGCGGGUGGUGUGGGUAACCAACACGUUCCAGGGGACAACAGCAUCUACGUGACGAAGAUCAUCGAGGGCGGAGCGGCACACCGCGAUGGACGUCUCCAGAUCGGUGACAAAAUACUGGCAGUGAACCACGUGUCCCUGGAGGACGUCCUGCAUGAGGAUGCCGUGGUGGCCCUGAAGAACACGGGGGAGGUGGUCUACCUGAAGGUUGCCACGCCCACCUCACAGUACAUCCACCCAGCCGAUCGAUACAGCCCCCCCGACCUGACCAGCUCCUACAUGGAGCCGGACUACAUGUGUGAUUACCCACAAGUCCUCCCUCCUCCGUCACCCCGACGGUAUUCGCCAAUACCCCGAGGCAUGAUGGGAGAGGACGAUUAUUCUCGGGAGCCCCGCCGGGUCUGCGUCCAGCGGGGGUCCACAGGUCUGGGCUUCAACAUCGUGGGGGGAGAGGACGGAGAAGGGAUCUUCAUCUCCUUCAUCCUGGCAGGAGGACCAGCAGACCUGAGCGGAGAGCUCCGGAAGGGAGACCAGAUCCUCAGUGUAAAUGGGGUGGACCUCAGGUAUGCUACCCAUGAACAGGCAGCAGCAGCCCUAAAGAACGCCGGACAGACCGUCACCAUCGUGGCCCAGUACAGACCUGAAGAGUACAGUCGCUUCGAAGCAAAGAUCCACGACCUGAGGGAGCAGAUGAUGAACAGCUCGUCCGGGAGUCUGAGAGCCAACCGCAGCUUCUACCUCAGGGCGCUGUUCGACUACGACAAGCAGUGGGACUGUGGCGUCCUAUCACAAGCUCUGGACUUUACCUUCGGGGAGGUUCUCCAUGUGACGGACAGCGCCGAUGACGAGUGGUGGCAGGCCAGACGGGUGAACCAGCAGGGGGAGCUGGAGGAGCUGGGCUACAUCCCCUCCAAGCACAGAGUGGAGAGGAAGGAGUGGUCACGUAUGAAGAGUAAAGGAAGAGAAGGAUUCGUUCACAGCUACGAGCUCAUCACUCAGAUUGAAGUGGACUAUGCUCGUCCCGUCAUUAUCCUCGGCCCGACCAAAGACCGGGUCAACGACGACCUGCUCUCCGAGUUCCCGGACAAGUUUGGCUCCUGCGUCCCUCACACGACUCGGCCUCGGAGGGACUACGAGGCCGAUGGGCGGGACUACCACUUUGUGUCGUCCCGGGAGCAGAUGGAGCGGGACAUCCAAUCCCACCGCUUCAUCGAGGCGGGGCAGUACAACAACCACCUGUACGGCACGUCGGUGCAGAGCGUCCGACAGGUGGCCGAGCAGGGGAAACACUGCAUCCUGGAUGUGUCGGCCAACGCAGUGAGGAGGCUGCAGGCCGCUCAGCUGCAACCCAUUGCCAUCUUCAUCCGACCUCGGUCCCUGGAGAACAUCCUGGAUCUGAACAAGCGUCUGUCGGAGGAUCAGGCGAGGAAAGCUCUGGAUCGAGCCAUCAAACUGGAACAAGACUUUCUCGAGUGUUUCACGGCCAUCGUGCACGGCGACAGCUUCGAGGAGGUCUACCACCUGGUCAAAGCAGUCAUUGAGGAGCAGAGCGGUCCGUACAUCUGGGUUCCAGCUCGUGACAGACUCUGA